GCGGGGAGGGAGGUUACGUAUACGAGGCUGCGAACCCGUCAAUCGAGCUAAACUCCGCCUUCCAGGGAAUCGGAUCCAUGAUUGGCUCAUGCUCUGGCCAUUCAUCCCGUCCGCUCCGACCUCACCCUUUCCACGCCUUCCACCCGGGAGAUUUAAAUCUCCCCUUCUUUCCCCUACUCCUAAUCUCGCACUGCCUUUUCUUUAUCACUACGCCACCUCACCUGACUAAUUUCUUUUGAAUGAUACCUGGGAAAUAUCAGAACACAUAUCUCCCAAAAGAAGAUGCUUGAGUUUGGGAAUUCUUCCUCUGGAGUGAAGAUGGUGAGUGUGGGGGUUGGCACAGAACCCAGCCAUGGAAGGUUUAGGCAAGAGGUAGAAACAAAUGAGAUUGUUCUUCGAAGGAGGCAGAAGCAGAUAGACUAUGGAAAAAGAACAACUGGUUAUCAAUGCUUCUUGCUUCAAGUCCCUAAGGCAGCACGGCAGCCAGGACUUCACCCUCAAACACCUGACAAAUAUCGAAGGUACAGUCGACGUUCCUGGGAUGCCCAGAUCAGGCAAUGGCGACGAGCUCUACAUGCUUGGGACCCUCCUAAUCAGCCUUUGUUGUAUAAUGACAAUCAUGGAGUGGAGAAUUGUCCAGCUACCAUGGAUUCAGGCUCUUUGGAUGGCUUCUUGGAAGUGGCUCAAUGUUCUGACUCCCUUGUGGAAUCUAGAUCAAGUCCAAAUGAGAGCACAGCUGGAAGCUACCUGUCAGUGGCUGUACUGCUUGGGGGUCGAAACUACCUACCACUUUCAUGUGCUUCUUUCAUCUAG